AUGAAUAAGCGAAGCCUAGAGACCGAUUUGCUCGAGGCAUAUCCAGCCAAGCGGCUACACGACGACUCCAUCGACAGCAUAUAUCCCAUCCUCGACGCCGGCGAAGACGAUGUGACGACCGCCGAAACGCCCAGCUCCUUUGCGGGCGACCUCGACUCGCCCAUAACCGUCGCCACGACGCCGCGGGCCAAAUUCCCGUCGGACCUCAAAACCCUACCCUGCACGUGGCCCGGGUGCCCCAAGACAUUCAACCGGCCGGCGCGGCUGCGUGACCACCUCAACUCGCACACCAACUCGAGGCCGUUCAAGUGCGGCUAUGCGGGCUGCGACAAGGACUACAUCGAGGACAAGCACCUCAAACAGCAUGUCAAGGCGGUGCACACCAACGAGCGAGCCCACGUCUGCGCGCGGCCCGGCUGCGGCAAGAGCUUCGUCACUGGCACCCGGCUCAAGCGCCACCAGGCCGUGCACGAGGGCGCCGACCGCUUCCGCUGCCCCGACUGCGGCCAGAGCUUCCGCAAAAAGGAGACGCUGCACAAGCACGUCCUUCAGGCGCACAAGGGCGAGUCGCCGCACCAGUGCGCCGAGCCCGGCUGCGACGCCAAGUUUGCGUCCCAGGGCGCGCUCAAGCGGCACCAGCAAAAGCUCCACGGCGAGCUCAAGUUUUGGUGCAGCGAGUGCGCCUUGCAACCCGGCCCGGACGGCACCGAGAAGCACGUCGGCUUCACCACGCACCCGCUGCUGCUGGCACACAUGAAGCGCGAGCAUCAAAAUUGCUUGUUCUGCGACUUUACGUCGGCAUCGCAGGCCGAAAUGGUGACGCACAUUGACGUCCACCACUCUGGCAAGACGGUCGACGACCGCCGUACCUUUGUCUGCGAGCACGCCGGCUGCGUCAAGAGCUUCACCAAGCGCUCCAACCUGCGCGCCCACCAGCGCACCGCCCACGAGGGCUUCCGCUUCGUCUGCGGCGAGGUCGACCUCGCCGGCGUCGCCGGGCUCGACGCCUGGUCCAACGACCUCGGCUGCGGCGACAAGUUCUGCACAAAGGUCCGCCUCGAGGACCACGUCCGCUAUAUCCAUCUCCGCCAGGAGCGGCCGCCCAAGCCCAGCGCCUCCGCAACCGGAGACGGCGAGGGCGAGGCCGACGUGGACCUGAUUGACGAGCUCUCCGGCGUCAAGAUGCAGGUGAAGAAGCCCAUUGCCUGCGCGCUCUGCCCGGGGGUGUUUGCGCGCUACUACGACCUCGAGGCGCACGUGGCGGCCGCGCACGCGCCGCCGGUGCCCUCGGGGGACGACCUGUUUGCGGAGAGCAGCGGUGGCGCCGAGCACAAGUUCUUUGCCGAGGCGGAAGGAGGUGGCGGCCUGUUGGGUGGUACCGGCGACGACGACGAGGACGACGCCAUCUUUGCGGCCGAGAUGCACUACGGGCCCCCGCGGGACGAGUGGCUGGACGACGAGGCGGGCAUCAUGCUGUUGGCACGCAACUCGCCGGCGCUGGAAGCACACAUUGAUCCUGCACUAGGCAAUGUAUAG